GCACAAAGGAGGUGCACGAGCGCAACUCAACUCCAAGCAUCGCACCGAACUGACUAGAUCUAAAAAUCGACCUCCACGGAGCAUUAGCCAGAGGAGCCAGACGAAGAUGAUCCAUCAACCCAAAGAGUUCUUCUUUCUUCUUUUGCUUUGUUUCCCUUUGAGUCGUGGGCAGUCUGAGUGUCCAAAGGGCUGGCUGGACUAUGGGGACAAGUGUUACUACUUCUCCAGCGACACCAAGACAUGGAGGGAGGCAAAUGCCUUCUGUUUGUCACAUGACAGCAAGCUGACGAGCAUUUUGGAUGGCGAUGAAAAGGACUGGCUGAGGACAACAUUCAGACAGGCCAAGGCUUGGCUAGGCCUGACGGACGAGCACACUGAGGGAGUGUGGAGUUGGACUGAUGAAAGUCUCUUCACUGAAUCUAUGGCGAACUGGGGGGAAAACCAGCCAAACAACUAUGGCGAAGGGAAGUGGGGUGCACACUGUGGCGCCAUGGUGACGCGCGUUGAGGGUCGCUGGUUCAACUACGACUGCGACAGCACCAAAGCCAACUACAUCUGCAAACGGGCCAACCUCGAGUCCAUUGUGGCGCCAAAAGAAAAUCAAGUGUUGGACUUCAGUGAACAACAGGCAGUGGAGCCCAUCGACCAGAUAGCCAUUGUGGAAAAGGUGGUGGCGCCAAAUGAAAAUCAAGUGUUGGACUUCAGUGAACAACAGGCAGUGGAGCCCAUCGACCAGAUAGCCAUUGUGGAAAAGGUGGUGGUGCCAAAAGAAAAUCAAGAGUUGGACGUCAGUGAACAACAUGCAGUGGAGCUCGUCACCCAGAUGGCCAUUGCGGGAAAGGUGGUGUCUAAGCCAGAGAAAGCCAGCAAGACUGAGACCAAUCCCCUGCCAUGUUCACCUGGUAAAGUCAGAUGCUCCCAUACGGUGAUGAUGAAACGUAUUGAGAUUUCUAAGAGUGGCCCAGGUCUAAGUGGGAAGCUGGUUGGAGGUCUCAGGAUGGGCAACAUCAUCAUUGUCAAAGGAAAAUUUUGGCAGAACGCAAAACGGUUUAAUGUCAACCUUGCCGGUGACGAUGGCCUCUUUGCACUUCAAGUGAGCCUUCGCUUCAACUGGUUAGGAGAUGUGAACGUGGUUGUGCGGAACAGCUUGCUGUCUGGCCAAUAUGGCAAGGAGGAGCGCCAGCUGGCUUCUUUCCCCUUUGUACCCGGCCAGUUCUUUGAGAUCCGCAUCCAAUGUGACGCCAACUCCUUCCACGUGACCCUCAACGGCGGCGUCAACCUAGACUACAUGUACCGAAUUGGCCUAGACAAGAUCAAGCGUGUGAGUGUGCAUUUUGACGCAACGCUGACAAAUGUCACCCUGAUAUGACAUCAGCACAACAUCUGAAACAGCAUUUCCUGUCUGGAUAUCAUUUUGCAUUCGUAGCAUUCUAACCAUACAUAUGAAUAUGAAAGAUUGUUACAUUACUCUAACAUGAUUUUUUUUUUCUUAAAUCAUUGAACAAUAUACAUCAAAUUAAGCUCCAGAAGUUGAUCGUUUUUUUUCGUUAUUUUUCAAUUAUUUCUCCAUUCUAAUGUCAAACUUUU